AAUUAGUUUUUUGGUUUAUGCUUCAAGAAUGAGUGACGUUUAAAUGUGUAAGACGGAACUCGAACAUCAGUUGGGAAGCCGAAAAAGGAAUAUAACAUCGAUCCACUUCUCACCUCGUAUCAGCUCGGAUCGCUACCUACACAAUUAUCAGCUACACAGCAAAAAAUAAUAUAUUCUUAUUGAUUAUUUUAUCAGCGACAGCCUUACUCAAACAAACACUGCAAAUAUAGUCACACGACAAUCUGACUGCCGCAAGAUGUCGAUUGAUUCAGUUCUCACCACCUCCUUCAUGGUGUUCGUAUCUGUUGUAGGAACCGCUGGAAAUUUAUUGGUUAUUGUCGCCAUUCUUUACAAGCGAAGGCUAAGAACUAUUCCCAAUUAUUUUAUCUUUGAUUUGGCUGUAUGUGACUUGCUGACAGUCUCCCUGGCUGUUCCUUUACGUCUUGUAGAAGUGUUUCAGCCGGGCCUCAUUCCUUGUGGUGUUGUCAUAGCAGUGAAUAUUCUCUUCGAUGGAUUAUCAAGGAUAAACAUCGUUUUUAUCAGCAUUGACAGACUUACAGCUGUGAAAUUUCCUUUCAAAUACAAUUUGUACAUGACAAACAGAGCUGUUGCUGUUUUUGUGGCAAGUGGAUGGACUAUCGUGACACUUUUUGCAAUUUUACCGAUUGUGGGUGUCGGCUCAGCUCCCGAAGAAGUCCUUCGCCACAAUCAUGGUUUAUGCUUCUUCUCAACAAAUUUAUCCACUUCGUAUUUGCUAACGUUUCUGAUCGGUUUCUGUUUGUUUCCGUUGAUAUUGGCUACAUCAAUCAACUGCUUUCUUCUCAAAGCCAGCCACAGGCAAUUGCGGGUCAUUCACGUACAACAAGUGCAGGUGGAAAAUAGUGUUAACACUUACUACCGUAAUGUCAGCGCAAUGUUAUUCAGCGGCAGAAAUCAACCGGCAAGUACAGGGCAGUACAACAGGACAUUCGCCCUUAAACAAAAGCGAGUUGCAAGGAUGGUCAUAAUUUUGGUGGGGUUUUUUAUAGUCCUUGUUCUGCCUAUCACAAUAAUUGAUCUUGUCGGAGCAUUUGGAGUAUCUAAAGUGCCGCCUGCAGUCACUAAAAUUGCCGUUUGUAUGAUAUACACAAACGCAAUGAUAAACGUUUUUGUUUACGCGGGCUUUAACGGAGAGUUUCAAAGAACUUUUGUUGAGAUGUUUCAAGCGGGUAAGGCAAAAUUCCGUGCUCUAGUAUCUCUCUAGUGAUUGAAAUAAAUAUCUAUUGUCGUUUUUACGACCAGCUAAAGAUGAGGAUAUUCCAGCCUAAAAAUACCGAUUCUUAAACUGAACAGUUCAUUCAAGGAUUUUUCUACUUUUAGAUCUGAUUUUCAGCCAAAAACCACAUUUUCAUUCUUAUUAGUGUUUUCGUUCCUUUGAAAGUUGUUUUACUUCAACUGAAACCGCAAAAAGAGCAGUUUGGCUAACUACAGAAAAAGUUAACAAUAUAAAUGAAUGCAUAAUUGUAUGAGUUCUUCAAACCUCCAAUUUACGCCUCCGUGCGCGCACGAAACUUGAUCAAGUUUAGUCAUGAAUACAUGGGCAGUAAACAUAUAUACACAAGUUAAAAUUCACCUCAAUCGCAUAAACUGAACCCCUGAUAUGAUCAGUCUUUUUUAUCAAGUUUUA